AUGGCUUUUAGGGUGGAGAUAACCUCGGUUGAAGGCUUGAAGGCCAUGAAAGAUAUGAAAUCUACAAACACUGCUGGAGACCAAGGAGAAGAGUUAGAGUUUCUUGAAGUGGUCAAGAUUGGGGAGGAAAGCACAAACAAGGCCUUGGAAAUGAGAGGGGUAGAAUUAGACAACAAUAACAAAAAUUUACAAAUGAACAAGAAAGGGGCAGCUAAAGUAGAAUCUGAGGAGCAUUUGGAGGAAGAGGAGCAGAGACAAAAAAAGAAAUCCACGUCUUCUGGUUCCCAACAAGGGUCCAGUCAAGGUUCGUGGAAGAAAGAUUGCUACUACAGGGAUCGGAGGCAGGAGUUAGGGAAUCGUGGGUUUCAGGGUACGCUACGCAAUUUUUUCCAGCUUGUCCGACUUGUGAGAAGAGACACACCUGGGAGAGUGUCGUACUGGGCGAGCUCUCCAUUUUCCGAUCCCACUCUCUGCAUAUCUCCUAUUGGUGCACUUCAGUACUUGACCAUCACGCGUCCAGAUAUUGCUUAUGUUUUCUACUCUGCUAGUCAUUGUUUGCAUGCUCCAAUUGAAACUCACCUUCCUGCUAUUAAGCAUAUCAUUCGCUAUGUUAAGGGUACACUCCUCCUUGGCUUAGCAUUUAGCCCAUCCGCUUCUCCUGGUGCCACAAUUGCAUACUCUGAUGUUGAUUGGGCUGGUUGCCCGGAUACUCGUUGUUCCACUUCUGGUUAUUCUAUUUAUCUUGGCGACAAUUUGGUUUCCUAG